CUCAACCCUCUCUGUUUUUUCCGUCAACCGAGAAAACAAUAAAGAAACCCAAACCCACAAAACGACACACCAAUUACUCACCCACGCAGAGAAAGACAAUCAGAGAAAGCGAAAAUGCCGGUGUUUCUUUUCAAUAUCCGGUUCUCAUAAUCCCCUUUUUGCUAAACCUAAUUAUUUCUCCGAUAUUCAGCUCUUCAUCGUUUCCAGAUCGGCGAUGUUCUGUUUCACUUUCUAAAGAUUAGACCUUUUUUUGGACCUAGAUCGGAGGUGUUACGAUAACAGGGGUUCAAUGGAAGAGGACGACGAGAUCCAGUCGCACUUAUCUCCGAGGAGCGGAUCUCCGGCGUCGCCGAGGCCGGUGGGGCGUAUAACGGUGACGGUGGCGGCGGCGCCACCUCAGCAGCAUUCGCCGGCGGCCCAGAACACUCUCACUCUUGCCCUGCCGAUCCAACAGACGAGGAACGGCGGCGGUGGCGGAGGCGGAGGGAGAGAGGAUUGCUGGAGCGAAGGCGCGACGGCGGUGCUGAUCGAGGCGUGGGGGGAGCGCUACUUAGAACUGAGCCGAGGGAAUCUGAAGCAAAAGCACUGGAAAGAGGUUGCGGAUAUUGUGAGUAUCAGAGAGGACUAUACGAAGACCCCCAAGACGGAUAUUCAGUGCAAGAACCGAAUCGAUACUGUCAAGAAGAAGUACAAGCUUGAGAAGGCCAAGAUCGCUGCCGGUGGAGGUCCCAGCAAGUGGCCUUUCUAUGAUAGGCUUGACCAUUUGAUCGGCCCCACCGCGAAGAUCUCUGGCUCUGGAAGCCACGCCGUGGCCGCCUUAGCCAACGCCGCAUCUCAGCAGCAGGCACAAAAGGUGCCGUUGGGAAUCCCGGUUGGGGUUCGCAGGGUGAGUCCAUUUCAUGGUCAGCAGCGAGACCAGAAGCCCCAGCUGCAGUUGAAGAACCAGAAGAUACAGUUCAAGAGAAGGGGAGGCCCCGUGGAUUCGGGCUCUUCAAGGGAGGCGUCGCCUGCGUCGACUGAUAGCUUCCCAUUUGAUGUUUAUGAGAGAAAGAGGCCGAGGACGGCCAGGGAAAUGAACAUGAAUAUGAAUAUGAAUAUGAACUCGAAUUUGAAUUCGAACCCGGCAGUGAGAGAUGGGGGAAGGGAAAAGAAGGGGUGGGGGAGUGCAGUUAAGGAGUUGACGCAGGCGAUAUUGAAGUUUGGGGAGGCUUACGAGCAGGCGGAGAGCUCAAAGUUGCAGCAGGUGGUGGAGAUGGAGAAGCAGAGGAUGAAGUUUGCCAAGGAUUUGGAGCUGCAGAGGAUGCAGUUCUUCAUGAAGACACAGUUGGAGAUUUCUCAGCUCAAGCAUGGGAGAAGAGGAGGUGGGAUUGGGAAUGCCAGUAAUCAUCAUAGUAACAACAAUAACAAUAAUAGUGAUAGCAGCAACUAAGGUUUUAGAACUGGCUCAUUGGGGUUUGGUUUCUUUCUGUGAUCUUAAUGGUAGAAAAGAAAAGAAGGAAAAGAAAUCCAUGUUGGAGAUAGUUGUAUCAUAACUCGAGGAUCCAAAUGUAUUUGUCUCUUAACCCCAAAUUUAAUCACCAUUUGAUCGCC